AUGUACGGACAUGCCAUUCUGCGAAGGAAUUCAAACGGGGUGCCUUUAGAAUGCGUGAUUCCCAAACCGGGCUAUGAAGGGCCGAGAGGUGGGACACCCCAUCUUGCACAAAUCAAGGAGUCAGGCCGUACGUUCGUCCCAACGUUCACAAGAGUCCGGAGAGGAUCCAAAAGUUAUGUCGAGCCACGGGUCGACUAUUGCUCGACAGCUUCUCAAUUCAAGGCAGUGCGUGACGGACUUGUCAAGCACCCAACUUGGGAACGGUUGGAUCUUCAGGCUUUGCUGAAAAUACAGUAUGCGCAGCAUCCAAAAAUUCGCCAUCUCUAUGCUGGAUACGCGUUCCAGCGAAACGGUACACCUAAAUCAGAGUAUGCGGAGCCUUUGGCCAUAUAUGCAAGAUUGCAUCCAGAGUUGGUGGCCGAACACAAGGCCAAGCGCCUGCGCGAAGAAAAGCGACGAAAAGACUUGAGACUCGACUCCAGCGCGAGAACAAAUGCGAGAACAAACAAAAAUGUCUUGCCACCCUCCAGUCUACACCCACGCGCAGUUGGCUCAAGAGCAGUUGUGGCUGUACAGAGACAAAACAUUGUCUCAGCAGAGACAGACGAUGAGGACAUAUCUGACACCGAGGACGAGAAACCAGCGCGAGGUAGAGAUCGAGAGGAUCGAGAGCCGUCUGAGAAUCGUGGAGAAUUAUCAUGGAUGGCAAAACUUGAUGAGGGCCGCGAGUUCAGAGAAUCGCUCAAGGAGCGUCGGCAAAUGGCACAGGAUAGUUUGUGUCGACGGGGGCCGAGUCCUGAUUCGCAACGGACGAGACUGAGAUGUUGA